UUUUUAAUUCAUUCCAGUAAUAGCUGGAUAUAUAUAUGCAGUAAAAACAAAUCCAGAUGAGAUGGAUUUUCAAGAUACUUUGCAGAAAUACAUGAAUGAAUCAGCUCUGUUAAGUGCCAAGAUUAGGAACAAAGAAGUUAAUGCUCAUUUCAACUAUAUGGUAGACUGCUACAAUCAUGGCUUGGUGAGAAGGUUAAGCCUUGGAUUUUGCUCAUUUCUUUGGGUAGACAACUAUUCCAAGGCAUGUGGUGUGUUCAAGAGUCAAUGUGAAUAUCUCAAACCACGUUAUUUGACAUUUCAUGAGCGCAUUAUGGACGUAGGCUUCCUUGGUAAUUGGUGGAUUAUUUACAAAAAAAUGGAGGAUUUUGAUAUUAAUUCUGAAGAAUGGGUAGAAAGUGAUGAAAAAAGGAUAAAUAUAUUAAGCAAAUAAAUAAAUAUAAAUGGUUUACUAAUGAUACUUGUCUACUUCACAACAUUAAAUGUUAAUGACAAAAAAUAGCAGGGUCAGUGACUUGAAACUUCUACAUCCUCAUCCCCCUUUCAGUGUUGGCUUUGUAACAUAUAAUAUGGAGACGCUCUGAACCAUAAGUGUCAUACAGCACCAGAUAGGUUUGUUGCAACUUUAGUAAGCAAAAAAAAAAAAAUUUUUUUUUGCUGGGUCUCUAGACAAUGAACUUUCAAAAUCUGCACAUUCAGUCCUUCAAAAACUUGCUCUUUUCAAUAGGAAGUUAUCCCUUUGUAACUGUUUCCUCAAGUCUGACCUAGUAAUUGCAAGAAUGUUGGCAAUACGGGAGACUUCUUUUGCAGCACUACAUUGGUCACUUCAGACUUGCCAGUGAUCUUCUCAUGGUUAUACUGCUCCAUUCUCCCCCUAAGGAAGGUGCUUGAUAUCAUUGAGGGGAUUCUGUUCCAAGGAAUUAGACUUAUCCUUCCCUUAGAAUUAGAUGAACAUGAUUACAUCCUGUUCCCCUUGUGCUGUAUGAUGCUUAUACGUUGAACAUUUCUCCCCAUGAAGGCACAUGUACUGUUCCAUUCUGCAAGAACUGCAAACUCACAUCAGCUAUCCAGUAUACAGCAUUUUGAUCUGUUUUAUUUAUCAGAGCACACAUUAUUUUCAACACUUUCAGUGCCCUGCUAUGCUUGUUAUUCACUCUUCAAAGUACCCCUUUUAAUACAGAUGGAAUCUAUCUGUGGGUGAUCAAUUACACAUAGUUAUAAUUACAAUAAUAAUAAAGUGCUAAACCCACAAACUUUGCUGCAAUUUGGCGUUUCAUCUUUCCUCCAACAGUUGUGCUUUAUAUCCGAAUUCUGCUGCUCUAUUUUUUCUCCUAAAUUAUGCCCUCAUCUGUUGUACAGCACUUUUUUUUCUUUUUACCUCAGUGGCUGUCUUGUUACCAAGGCAGGGUUACUAAAACUUUUCUUUUUUUUUUCAAGAAGUCAGCCGUCUCCCACCGAGGCAGGGUGGCCCAAAAAGAAAAUACAUGUACUUUCAUCAUCAUUCAACACUUUCACCUCACUCAUACAUAAUCACUGUUUUUGCAGAGGUGCCCAGAUACAACAAUUUAGAAGCAUAUAUAAAGAUAUAUAACAUAUCCCUCCAAACUGCCAAUAUCCCAAACCCCUCCUUUAAAGUGCAGUCAGUUGUUUUGCCAAAUAUUUGCUGACAUCACAAUUGUUUAUCCCCAUUUCCUCCAAUAUAUAAUCUUGCUAAAUUUUGUAAAAGAAUUUGCCAUCUCUAAAGGAGGGGUUAAAGAUACUGUUUUGAGGGAUAUCUGAACUGUCAUAUCUGCAUGCCUUUGGCAAGACAGUGUUGAGGUGAAUAAUGGUGAAAGUGUUUCUUUUUCUAGCCAUCCUACCUCAGUGGGAGAUGGCCAGUGUGUUAAAAAGAAAAAAAAAAGUAUAUCUAUACAUGGUGAAAAAAUUAUGAAUAAUGUAAAUAAUUUUGUAUGGUGUUACAUAAUAAA